AUGGCUCCUACCAACGUUGUAGUUAUCGGUGCUGCAUCCGCUGGCGUGGGCGUUGCCCAUUCCUUGCUUCAAGGAACUGCCGAUGUCAAGGUUGUGCUCAUCAACCCUUCUCCCAAAUUUUAUUGGAACAUCGCCGCGCCACGGAUCCUUGCGAAGCCAACGGCAUUCAAGGCCGAUCAGUACCUCAUCCCCAUCAAGGAUAAUUUCGCUCAGUACUCUACCGAGAAGUUCGAAUUCAUCGCCGGGAAUGCGACGGGCAUUGAUGUUGCCGCCAAAACAGUGUCUGUUGCCGUCAAUGGCAGCGGAAAUCCCCAGUCUCUGUCAUACGAUUAUCUUGUGAUCGCUUCUGGAAGUACCACCGCUUCCACAACUGGCGAUAUCACUGGUAUCUCGAUUCCAUUCAAGCCCUCGAACCGUGACGAUAUGCAAGAGGUCGUGGAGGCCGCCCAGCAAAAAAUUGCCAGUGCAAAGCAGAUUGUCAUCGGUGGGGCGGGCCCUGUUGGAGUGGAGCUCGCGGGUGAGCUCGCCGAAGCGAUGCAGGAGAGCGGCAGCAAAGCAACCAUCACCUUGGUCUCUGCGACGGAUCGCGUCCUCUCAACGCUCAAACCCUCCGGUAGCGCGGCAGGAGAGAAACAGUUGAGGCAGAAGGGUAUCGAAAUCAUCGCCUCCACCAAGAUUAUCGGGGCCGAGGCCGAUGGGGCCAACGCCUGGACCGUGUCAUUGGACAAUGGUACGCAACUCUCGGCUGACCUGUACAUCCCGACCACGGGUGCCAUUCCGAACAACAGCUUCAUCCCUGCAGAUUUCUUGGAUCAGGACGGCUGGGUCAAGGUCGAUAAAGAGCUGCGGGUUGAGGCCGAACAACCCUUACCGAUCUACGCCGCUGGGGAUAUCAACAACAACAGCAUGCGCCUCUCUUUCAAGGCCAAUGAACAGGCCAAGGUAGUGGCCGCCAAUAUCACAGCAGACAUUCUAGGCUCGGGGGAGCGAACGUCUUAUGAUCAAGGCCAGAGUGUUAUGAUGGUUGUGCCUGUGGGCUCGAGCGGUGGUACCGGACAAUUGUUCGGCAUGACCCCGUUCAGCUUCCUGGUGAAGAUGGUUAAGGGCAGGGAUUACUUUAUUUCCAAGGCCGCGGGGGUUCUGGCUGGCAAGGCCUAA